AUGAGGCCAUUACCCUUAGCGCCAGUCAAGUCAAUGAGCUACGGCAACGACGACAUAGCGCGGUCCGUCGUAAGUAGAUUGGCAACCGGCUUGUACCCCUGUCCGAUCGCGAAACUCACACCCGUUCUCGCCCUUUUGGGGUCGGAGGAUGUAGCGACUCGUAUCCGGAACGAGGCCCGAUCGAUUGUGAAUUGGUAUGAUGCCCCCAACAGGGUGUAUUAUGUGAAACUGGAGAUCACUCUUCAGACUGGCAGGCGAACAUUUUGUGGAGGAAGUGUCAUCAGUUCCCGAUAUGUCCUAACUGCAGCCCAUUGUCUUGAUGAAGCAUAUCGAGUCACAAUGCUGCUGUGCCAGCCAAUCAGAGGUCGCAGCAUUCCACUGUGUACUAAAUCAUACAAGGAUUCCUUCUACUUGAUGGUAGCCACAGGCUUGAGUUUGAUCGAUCCAGCGAGCAAAAAGAAGCCGACAGUACUACAGGAGACUGUUCUCGAGGAAACAUACCACAACUGCAAACGUCCAACCAGCGAAGUGUGCAUGAAACCGACUAGAAGUGGCAAACAUAGCAGUAUCUGCAAAGGAGAUUCAGGGGGACCAUUGGUAGUGCUCAGUCACUUUGUUGAUUCGAAAUGCCUGUACGGAGUGUCAAGUUACGCGCCGAAUAAAUAUUGCAGCGGCGAAAGCUACUUUGCUCGAGUUUCCUAUUUUUAUGACUGGAUUGAACAAAACAUGUAG